AUGUUCAAGGAGAGAUUAGUUUCUUUAGGCAUAGAGCUCAUAAGCCAAGAAGAUGAGCAGAGAAUGUUUAGAGAAAUGGGGAGACACGGAAACAGCGCCCACGGAUACCAAAAGCCUGCAUGGUUGGAAGCUCUUUAUACAGAAAAGUUCUUCGUGGGGUGCUCUUACCAUGAGAAUGUUAAAAAGAAUGAGAAGAAUGUUUGCUGCUUAGAUUGUUGCACAAGUAUUUGUCCUCACUGUUUGCCAUCUCAUCGCUUCCAUAGGCUUCUUCAAGUUCGCCGUUAUGUUUAUCAUGAUGUUGUCAGAUUGGAAGAUCUUCAGAAACUCAUUGACUGCUCCAAUGUUCAGGCCUAUACCAUCAAUAGUGCCAAAGUGGUGUUCAUCAAGAAGAGACCUCAGAACCGGCAAUUCAAAGGGUCAGGAAACUAUUGCACUUCAUGUGAUAGAAGUCUCCAAGAGCCUUUUAUCCAUUGCUCUCUAGGAUGCAAGGUGGAUUUUGUGCUUAAACACUACAAGGACCUCUCUCCCUACUUGAGGAAAUGCAACUCCUUACAGCUAAGUCCUGAUUUCUUGAUCCCACAAGACAUGGGGGAUGAAGAGAUGACUCGUUCAACUGUUGUGGACAGUGAUGAACCGAUGAGCUCAUCUUCAGGGUCAUCAGGGUCAGAGAACAUGAGCAUGGCUUGCACAGAGAUUGUUAGGAAGAGAAGGAGUGGAUGGACGGUGUGUGCAAAAUUUAUGGCCAAUAGUAAUAAGGUUUCGGAUGAAGACAUGGCCACUAGCAUGAGUAGAAGAAAAGGCAUCCCUCAUAGAUCUCCUCUGUGUUAG